CAAAAUUAUUAUUGUAUUAUUUGAAUUUUAAUUGCAUUCCUGUUUUCUUGUUUUGUUCCAUAGAAGUUCGCGGGCACUCAGAAACAUUUUAAAUUUGAUAUUGGUACAGAUGAUCAUGCUGAGUCAUUCAUCUAAUUUAACUAGUGACAGCAAUAACAACAUAGAGAAUCGAUCAAACCUCAUAUUGUCAGUAAAUAGUACAGUACUCAUUAAAACAAAUACUCAGUCAACGAAGUCUACUAAAUCUAUGACUAACUCAACUGAUUCAUUAGAAUGGGCACGUAUACAGUUUACUAUACUACCUAUUCUAUCCUUACUUAUCGGAUGCAUAGGAAUAAUCGGGAACUGUUUAAAUUUCCUUGUUCUACAUGCUUAUCCAACAUCUCAAGUGACAUUUGGAGGUGAAUGUACAGCACGUGUAAAUCUACUUGGAUUAGCAUUAGCUGAUUUUCUUGUUUGUUUAACAUCUUUACCAUUGGGCUACGUCCAACGACGUUAUGCAAGUCAUUGUUUCAUGCUUUAUUAUACUAUUUAUGGUCCUGGGCUUGUGACAUAUUUUCUCACAGUUAGUGUUUGGAUGGUGUUGUUAAUGAGUAUUGUACGCUAUCUAGUAGUUUGUCGACCUUUGGUUUCUCGGGCAUGUCUCACAUCACGUCAUAUGUUACAUAUAAUUACACUGUUGUAUUUGCUGGCAUUGAUUUUUCAUAUCCCAUCAUUUUUAACAUAUACAUAUAGUGAAGAAAAAGGUAUUCAAAAAAGAAUUUUAAAUUCAACUAUCCAACCAUCGGAACAACAAAUUCAUCGAAAAACCUAUCUUACAAACACAAGCAGAACUAAUUUCAAUAAAACUGAAAAAAACUAUCCAGUGACAAUUUUUGUUAUUGAACGUGAAAUCUGGAAAACUGAGAGUAUACGUAUAGCUUAUACUGUUAGUCAAAUAAUCUUGACAAAUAUCGGUCCAUUCAUUGGUGUAGUCAUAACCAAUGUGUCAGUGAUUAGAGCAUGUCGUCAAAGUGAUGCAUGUAGAAAAUCAUAUACAUAUGAUUCGCAUAAAACAUUUGAAAAAUGUAUGAAUCAUAAUGUAACUCAAGAGCACUCCAGUACACAAAUAAGACUGCAAAAACGUUAUCUGCAGUAUUUUCAAAGAGAUUCAAAUAAUAUACAUCAACAACAUAUAGGUAGCGGUAGCUGGCGUACGAACUCACAAGGUAAAGCAUCAGCUCAACGUUUACAACAGAGAGCCACAAAUCGUGUCACUCCAUUACUACUUGCGGUUAUCAUAGCAUUUCUACUAUUCACUGCACCAUUCGGAAUUGUACACUUUGCUUGUUUGCAAGUAAUGAGUGAAAUGGGUUCUCUUGUUCGCCAUGACAGAAAUGCUCGUAUACUAUAUAUGACAUUAAAUUUAACUGUAGAAUGGACUAAUGUGAUUCAAUUAUUGGGAUGUGCAUCGAACUUUUUUCUCUACUUUCUUGUAUCUACCACAUUUCGUCGUACGACUAAACGUCUUUUCCAACGUUUUUAUAGAAAUGCUCGUGAAUAUAAAUGUCCAAAUAUUUUAAGUGUUUUAUGCUCAGAUACAAAAGAUACUUCAUGGAAUUCAGAUACUAGAACAAAUGAACUACGUAGAAAGUUAGCUGAUAAUUUAGCGCAACAAUUUCAUCCACAAGUUGUACCAACUGCUAAUUGUCAACAUAAUGAAAAUCAAUGUAAACUUGGUCAUACUUCCAGCAUCAUCACCACCACCAACAACAAUAAUAAUAAUAAUAAUACUAAUAGCAAUGAAAGUGAUAAACGAAUUCGUAAUUCAUUAAAGUUGCAAUUUUUUCGUUUAAAUCGUAAACGUUCAAAGAGUACACAAAGUCAACCACUAAACAAUAAAUCCCCAUUAAUCAUGAAUCCUUUGUGUAAUGUUAAUGAUGAUUUUCUUGGUAUACAUACAAGUCCAAUGUCUUGCAUCAAUUCGUCCAUUUCAGAUAGAAUAUCUUGUAAUUGUGUUAGUUUACAUCAUGCACAUUAUAAAUAUUUAAUGAACACAUCGAUUUUGGCUAGCUCCUUAAGAGGAUUAACAAUCUGUCCCGAUUGUGCACAUGUUAUUGGAGGCUAUACUUCAUUACCAGAAAGUAAAUCAUGCCUGUUAAAACCUUGUAGCAGUACAAGUAGUAAGAGUAAUACUCACUGUUUAAAUAAUACAACAACAAAUAUAUCAGAAAAUCUAGGUAUGAUAGCAUCCAUUACUGAUGGUCAAAAUACUUGUCAACACUAUAGAAAUUCAACCAAUUCAGUAAAUAACAUUAAUAAAAUCAAUAUCGACAGUGACAAUGUGAAUAAUGAACACACAAAUAUUUCUGAUAAUAUACCUAUUCAAAGUGUAUCAAACUGAAAAUUAGAGUAAAAUUCAAUCAUCAUCAUCUUCAUCAACAUACA